CUUGCCGUGUGCUCACUACGCGUGCCACACGAUCUUCAUCGGUCGCGCGACGCGCCAUCUCCCGCAGCCAGAGGUCGAAGACGCUUCUCGAUGCGUCCGCGCGUCGAGAAUCGAGAGAACCAAACGCCCAAUUUCUUUCUCCCCCAAAUCCUCUGCCCCAACCUCACCGGCGCCAGAAGCCACCAAACCCAUCGCCGCCACCGCCACACCCAGCGCCACCGCAGCCAGCUCGUUGCUCUCCUCCGCGCCUCCCCGUCGUGCGCAUCCGCGACACGCCCUUUCCCUGCUCCACAAGCCCGGCCUGGAUGCCACGCGCUGCCGUCGCUCCUGGCCGGCUUCGGCCGCUUCCGCCGCUCCUGGCCGGCUUCGGCCGCUUCCGCCGCCGGCAUAUCACCGCCUCGAUCUCCUCCAUUGGUUACCCGCCGACUCGCACCUCCUCAAGGUCCCCCGCACCGCCGAUGCACCUCCCUAGCGGAACCCUAGCGCGGGAGCAGAUGCGGCACUGGGCGUAGGAUGGGGGCACGGACGUGGUGGAAGAGGAUCUGGCGGUGGAGUGGUCCUCAACCUACCACAACAACGACGAGAGGUGCACGCUGCAUCAGGCUGGGAGGGCGGUUUCCCUUCGGUUCCCCGUUCAUCUGCAGUCAAGCUAAGCUAUGCUCCAUUUUUUACUUUGGCGAGUUUCUGAAAUCAUGCUAGUUCUUCACGAGUAUCCUUCCAAUCAUAUCCCUGUGUUGAGUGUGCAAACGUGAUUUGUACAUGUAGUGAUGUAUAUGUGGUGCUAUUGAUCUCUACCUUGCAAACUGAUGAACAAAUGUUUGCUAGAAUAACAGGGAUCUGUUGGAUUCAGCAAGGAGAAGUUACUUUGUUGUGUUACCUGUUUUUUUAUCUUCUGUUAUCCAUGUUACUUCAUCCUAACUUAACUAAUGUGUUAUUUUUCUUUUGCUGCCACGUUUCUUCAUUGGAUAUAAGUGGUAUUUUGCUUCAAUUGCAGUGUGCACUAUAGAUGAUCGUUUUAAUGUCGUAUGUUGGCUUUAUAAUUGGGUGUAUAUUAGUUCAUCUAUAGAUGUAUAAUUCCUGCGCGCGAUCAGGUAUCGUAUACAUCCCUCGUUGUUGUCAUUGUGUGGUGAAGGAUGAUCAUGAUGAUUGAUUGAUUGGUGGGUUCGGUGUUUUUGUUGGAUUACUGGGUAAUUAGUAGUUUAUGAUUCCGUCAGUCAUGUGCUUGGUCACAGAUGAAAGUACGCAACGAAUUAAUUGGUGUUGAUUACUGUUAUUCGCUUACAGUGAACUUGCUUGUGCUUGGAAGAAAUAGUUCAAAUCUCUGCAGUCGACAUUUAAUUGGGCAAAUUUGUAAACCAAGUACUGCUUGAUAUCACGACUGUUUUAAAGGGCGAGUUUACAUCGGCACAGUUAGUAUGCAGUUUGUUCACGAUUGAUUCUUAUUCAGCAAGGCAGAGGGAAUGGUCAAACCAACAGUAAUUUUGCUACUAAAUGUUUCAGUGAGAGCAGCUAUGUUUCUUAUUAUGCUUACUACUAUAUAAAGGUGGAUUCCUGAAUUUUGCUACUACAUGUUUCACUGAGAGCAGCUAUGGUUCUUAAUGUUUACUAGUUACAGAAGAGAUUCUCCUUGCAUGAUGACUCGUCGAAGAGGAUGUCUUCAUUUCCAGCCAAUUCAGCUUCUUCUGUGCGUGAUGAAUCUCAGCUGCAAAUGCCAAAAACUUCAAGCAAAGCUAUCCUUCGGUACCCCUCUCUUCCAGAUAGUAAAUAUUAAUGAGGAUGUUGAGCGCAAAUUUCAGCAUGUUGCAAGUUCAGUGCAUAAGAUGGGAAUGGUAUUAGACUCUGUUCAAAAUGAUGUUAUGCUUAAACAGAGCCAUGAAGGAGGUAUCACUAGAUUCAGGCAUACAGAAAAAGUUUGUGCUCGUAGAGACCUCUCUCCAGCAAAUUACAUGCUACCGCGGCUUAAGGGACAAGACGAUCUCAAGGCGCUCCUUGAAGGCAGCACAAAAAGCAAUCCUGACCAGAUGAGUGCUCUGAACAACCACACCAGCAAACUCGAUGAGAUAUUAUCGACACUUUCAAUCCUGAAGCAAAUGCAGGAAGAUUUGAGGCAACUGAAGGGUGACAUCUUCAGAAUCUUUACAAAAGAGAUGGAGGGGAUUGUUACUUUAUAUUUAAAGAUUUGCUAUUUAUCUGUAAGAGUGUUUCCUUGUUGCCCAGCCGGUUCAUUGGUGAGAGUAGCUUACCUAUUGUGCUUUAACAGGUACAAUGCUAAAUACUCAAGGUGAUGCUGAUCGCUGAUGCCGUACCAUCUCAGUCGCCUGGGUUCAACUGAAGGUGAUGCUAUUAGUGAUGAUAUUCGAAGUCGAAAUAUGGUGAUGAUUUUGACAGUAUACAAACUGAGAGUCUCAUAAUUUUCGUCUCCCUUUUGCUGAAUCAAAUUACUACAAACUGAGAGUGUCAUAAUUUUCGUCUCCGUUUUGCUCUGUGAGACAGUGAGAUAUUAUGUUGAACGCAACAAAGUGCAUUGGAUUCUUGUAUGACAGUGUGUAUGUGUUCUUAUUCUUGUAUGACAGUAUGUGCUCAUUCUUGUAUGACAUAAUGUUCAUAUUAUGUGCUCAUUCUUGUAUGACAACGAGUAGCACAUGAAAUGGUUUUUGAGGAA